UGGAUGGCCAACCUGCUUUUAGUCAGAGCUUAUAUCCGUAUUAAUCUACCGUCAGAUGGGAAGUAACACGGUGGUUGGUUGCAAAGGAGAUGGAGAGAAUAUCCCAAAGAAGUUUGCUGUCAAUUUAUUUCCUUGACUUACUCAGAUAUCUUUGCCCUGAGCCGUAUCCAGAGGUCAAUAUUGAAUUCCUGGAGAAAAAUGGGAUCAAGCUCUUUCAUUUUGGGAUUGAAGGGAACAAGGAGCCCUUUGUUGACAUUCCUGAACCAGUUAUCCGCGAGGCGCUGAAGGUCCUUCUUGAUGUGAGGAAUCAUCCAAUACUGAUUCACUGCAACAAAGGCAAGCAUCGAACAGGAUGCCUGGUUGGAUGUCUGAGAAAAUUCCAGAAUUGGUCAUUGACGUCAAUCUUCGAUGAGUAUCGGCGGUUUGCUGGAACAAAAGUUCGCAUGCUGGAUCAACAGUUCAUGGAGCUCUUUGAUGUUUCCGACUUCAAGGCAUGGACUUAUUCUCGAAGACGCCUGCGUCAUUCCUGAGCAUAUGGCCUUCCACAGUUUGCAGGUGUCUGUCAUCUUUGCCUCCAUCUGCUUGGAUCAGAUCAAGUGCAACAUGUCAUUCUAGCGGAAGCGCGCCACGCCUCAUUGGCAAGCAUAGGUGGACGGUGGCGGGCUUUUCCAAAAUUAUCACAGAGACCGGGUGUGAAGCGAGACGGGGGAAUCUGACAGUUUGAUUGGUCUGUGGGUGAUGGAAUGGCAAAGCUGCUGUGGAGAGAAUGAGUGAUUGAAGCGCAAAGGAGAAAAAGAGCAAAUGGAGUGUUUUGGGUUAUGGGACUAAGGAACUAAGGACUAAGGUUGAGCUGUGGGGAGUCUGCCAAAAAAGCAUAAUUUUUCUAAGUCAGAGUGUUUUGGGUUAUGGGACUAAGGAACUGAGGACUAAGGUUAAGCUGUGGGGAGUCUGCCAAAAAAGCAUAAUUUUUCUAAGUCAAUCCCAUUUUCUCUUCCUUUCUCUCUUUCCCUGAAUUCAGUGUGUUUACCUUAGCGUUCUGGCCGUGGCACGAAGGUUAAGUUGUGCUGAUUUCAUGUGUUUGUUAAGUUGGUUGAGCAUUUUUUGCCUACCGUCUUCACUCGAAUUGAACACCCGGUCAAUAUCGCAGUAUGUACACAUGAAUUUGCCCCAAAUA